AUAUUUUGAAUGCAGUUUCAAGACGUGCGUCAAGACAUUCGGAGUCAGUCAGUUCGCCAAUAGCUGAAAGUGACAAAAAAUAAGUAAUAAAUAAAUAAAAAAUUGUUAUGACACAAAGUAAAAAAAGAGUACAAAAUUCGGCAGUUUCUUGACUGCGACUAAGAAAAUUGUAGGUGGCAGAUUGUUGCCGUUAAUUAAAGCGGAAAUCAAAGGGGCAGCCAAAAACGCUUCUGCGAAUUUGUGGGUACUUUAUUCAAUUGGAACUUGCGUUAUUUUAAGUGAUAUAAAAUACAUUGAUUUCAUUACACAAAAGGAAACGGACGCCCUUAACGAAUAUCGAAGUUGGUGUAAGAGUGGCGCGGUGCGGUGCGGUCUCGUGGGGAAAGUUAGAAAGAAAACCCAACAAUUGUUUUUCGGGGUGGAAAGGCCAGUUGGUUGGUUGGUUGGUGAAAAUGUAAAGAGCAGCGCAGCGCAGCGCAUUGCCGAAUACCGUUAUUAACAGCAGCGAAGCGCCAAGAGGAACAGUAAACAGUAGCCAACGAUAGAAUUUAUUAAUUAAAGUGUUUAUGUGAAAAAAUUUAAAAACAUUUUUAUUGUCUUCAUUGUAUGCGCAACAGAGGCGGCAGCGGUAGCAGCAGCAGCAACAACAACGGUGACAAACGGCACUACGUAAAAGACACUUAAAUAAAUUGGAUGCGAAAACGCUCUACGUAAAUACAAUAGCAGCUGCAUCCUAAUGCUUGUACAUAUUUGUUUUUUGGAAAAGGUUACGGAAAAGUAGAGCAAAAGUUGAACAAAUUGUUGGAGAAUGCAAUGAACGUGUGCUGCAUGGAAAAGGCACAAUAUUUACAUGCAGAAAUAGGGAGCUAAAAGAGCGUGUUGCAUGCCAUUCGUGGAGGUUAGAACAUAAUAAAAAAAAUAUACGUUGCAUGCAUGUGAACUGGUAGAAUAUGAAAUUGGAUUACGGCUGAGCGUUUGAAAGCUAUUAAAACUAUUCAGAGUUGCGGGAACAAAAGAGUUAGCAAAGCAACGCGAAGGAGCGCAAGAAACAAGAAAAUAAUACAACUAAGAAAAAGACAGAAGCUCAAAUAAAAAGUGUAUUAAAUAUACUAGAAUUAUAUGAAAGAAAACGGUGUUUAAUGAGCGCGCCUUCGGCCCCCAUCAGUUGCUUGCCGUAGCUUUGAAACGUAGUUGCGAUUUGCGCGUAGUGCGGUGGUGGUAGCGAGAGCAGCGUGCGCAGCUCAACCGAAAACCUUCAUAAAGUACACAGUGUUCAAGUAAAAUUUAAUAUUCAGUUGUGCUCUUCUUCCUGUGGUCGGUAAAACGCGCGCCUCAAAGUGCAUUUAUUCCAGCAUACCAUGUCCUCGAUAUCGGCGCAGGGCGUGGUCGAACGUGCAUCCGCUGAACUUUCGAAACGCAUUAAUGGCCUUGGGCUGCGUUCGAAGCACCACCAUGGCAGUGGUUCCAAUUCGUCCUCGUCCUCCUCUACACAAUCCUCUUCUUCGUCUGGUGGCGGUAGCGGCAAAACUUCAGUAAUGGAACGCGUUACAAAUGCUCUUUGUGGGGGUAGCAGCAGCAGCAGCAACAACAAUAGUAACAAUAGCAACGCGAGCAAUAAUUCGAAUAGCAACACAGCCGUCACACCCGAUAAGCCUACACGCAGUGGUAGUGGCAGCGGCAGCGGCACGCACACACCCACCGGUGCUUUAUCCGCGCCCGCAAGUCCCACUCUCACACACAGUGUCGGCAUUGUCGGCGCAGGUGGCAAUAUACAGCAACAGCAGCCGGCACAGCCACAAGCACAGCAGCCAUCACAUCCGCAUCAACAUUCGCAGCAAACUUCGGCGUCGCCACCGCCACCGUCACAACAUCCAUUGCAGUCGCAGAUUGCCAGCUCGACGCUGGUGAAUUCUAACUCCAAUAUGAUGGGUGCUCCAUCGCCUGUGCUUGGCCAUCCACUUGGCGCACCACCGGCGCCCACUGUCAACUCGAUCGCCAAGCAAAUGAACAUCACCAUACCCGGCCAGCCCCAAUUUAAUACAAUGGGUCUAGUAGCGGCACAAAAAUCGGUUGCAAAUCAAUCGGUGAGUGGAGGUACACCACUUCAGUUACGCAAACAAUUACCCAAUCCACAUCUACAUCAUCCAUAUGCAGGUGGCGGUGGCGGAGUGGUAGCUGGUGUUUUGCCAACGGGCGCUGCUGGCGGCGCUUCAAACGCUUCACAACUGGCCGCCGCCGUUACACAGUCUGCGCUGAUACUACACAAACACCCGCCUCCCAUCACAAGCAUUGAGGCGUUGCUACUCGACGAUCGUUUUUUGAAUCGAUUUUUCCUUUACUUUUCGUCAUAUGAGCGUCGCACUUUGGCGCAGGUGUGCAUGAAAUGGCGCGAUAUACUCUAUCGCAGUCCGCGUUAUUGGUCGGGCCUAUUGCCGACAUUGCAAUGUCGCGAGUUGCGUCAAAUACCGAGCUGUGAUCGUGUGAAGUUGUAUAACUCGUUAAUACGUCGCGGUUUUCAUGCGCUCGCGUUACUUGGCGCCUCCGAUGAGGACGCGCUGGACGUGGUGCACUCAUUCCCUUUGGCCUCGAAGCAUAUACAUUCGUUGAGUUUACGCUGUUCGUCGAUCAGUGAUCGGGGACUAGAGGCGCUGCUGGAUCAUCUACAGAGUCUCUUCGAACUCGAGCUUGCCGGUUGCAAUGAGGUUACCGAGGCUGGCCUGUGGGCUUGCCUAACGCCGCGCAUUGUCUCACUUUCGCUGGCGGAUUGCAUUAAUAUUGCCGAUGAGGCAGUGGGUGCUGUGGCGCAAUUGCUGCCAUCGCUGUAUGAAUUUUCGCUGCAGGCUUAUCACGUCACUGAUGCGGCUUUGGGCUAUUUCUCGCCGAAACAAAGCCAUAGCCUGAGUAUACUCCGCCUGCAGUCGUGUUGGGAAUUAACCAAUCACGGCAUCGUUAAUAUUGGUGAGUGAAAUUUUUAAAUAAAUAAGAAAAUUAAAGGUUGAGUUAAAAUUUAAAAUUAAUGGAAACUUCCUGGUUUGAUGAUUUUCCUCUAUACUGCUGGAGUUCAUGAUCAUUCAUAAAGAGAAUGAAUAUCCUGUCUUUUUUAGCUAUUUUUUAAAGACAUCUUUGCACGAAUUUUUAGUUAUCUUGAAAUCAUAUUUUGGCUGUCGAGCCUUUGGUGAGAAAAGAGUAAACAAAAACAUACAGAUCGGAUUAAAUAUAUGUACAUCCAACUGCGCAUUAGCAAAUGAAAGGUUUUUUAAGUACCUGUGGAAUGAUACUUGUGGAAUCGCUUAAGUAUAUUACAAUAUAUAGGAUGUGUGAGAUUUUGAAGUUUUCACAUUUUACGGAGAUGUUAUAAAACUUUAUAAUCAGUUCGAACAGGCAAACCAUGUGCACUAUUCGGUUUUUUAUGGAAUGAGGCGUCACUAUUUUGGGCCUAAUGCCAUGUCUCCGGUUAAAACUUUCUGCAUCGUCUAAGCCAAUUUUUCAUACUUUUUCGUACUCAAAGUUUAUUGACUGCAAAACCAAGGAUUCCUUCCUUGUAAACCCUAAAGUGCACAGCAUGAUUUUAAAAUGCUGGAGCUGGCAGCACUAUAUGGGCACAUCUACGUGAUCCUAUAGUUUUACGUGACAAAUUAGUCAUUCACUCAUCGGUGCAAUGUUAUUUAUCUGCUUUGUUCCGCAAUCGACGGUUAUCCUGUAUGCGUUUCAUUACUAAAGGGUUUUCCAAUAACAGGUGUUAUUGGUGAGUGGUUUGCUCUAUCGAGAGAUAAUUAACGAUUUUUUAUGGCCGGAAUUGGAUGGUAUUGAUCUGGACAACGUUUAUUUUACGAUUGAUCUUUUACGGCAAAAGUUUCCGAGCCGUGUUAUCUACCGAGAUCUUGUGAUUUAACGCCUUGUGACUGUUUUCUUUGGCGUCACAUGAAAGAGAAUGUCUACGCCAACAGCCCAGGGUCGAUUCAAGACCUCAAAGAUGGAAUUCGCGAAGCUAUCGAGGACAUAGGGCAGCCACUUUGCAAUUUGGUUAUGGAAAAUUUUAUGAAAAGGAUAUUGUCCUGUAAGCGUGGUCGUGGUGGUCAUUUGCCUUAUGUUAUUUUCCACUAUUAACGGCAUACCUUCCUCUUUAUAAUGAAAUAAACAUCCGAUCAUUUAUAUUAAAAAA